AUGAGCACUCAAAAUAAUGAAGCUCAAUGUCCAUUUGCUUCUGCUGAUUCUCGUCGUAAUAGUAAAGGAAGCAAUGGCAGUAAUCAACCAUGUAAAGAAGAACCAAUUCCUCAACCAGAACCACACUUUCUCGUUGGUAAUAUCUUUACAGUCGAUAAAAAGAAUCCAUUUCCAAGUUUUAUUGAAUUGGCCAAAAAGUUCGAUGGUAUUUUCAAGAUGAAUAUAUUAGGUAAACAAUUAGUAGUAGUUUACAGUCAAGAAUUGGUCAAUGAAUUAUGUGAUGAGAGCAGAUUUGAAAAGGCACUUCCUCCAGGAUUAAAACACGUUAAAGAGUUUGGUGGGGAUGGUUUAUUCACUGCAGAGAAUAAUGAACCAAAUUGGGCUAUUGCUCACAGAAUUUUAAUGCCAGCCUUUGGUCCAAAAUCAAUUCAGGAUAUGUAUCCUCAAAUGUAUGAUAUUGCAGAACAAUUGUGUACCAAAUGGGAAAGAUUGGGAGAGCACUCAGUUAUUGACAUUGUUGAUAACAUGACCAGAUUGACCUUAGAUACAAUUGCCUUGUGUGCAUUCAACUAUAGAUUUAACAGUUUCUAUCAUAAUGAAAUGCAUCCAUUCGUACAGUCCAUGUUCGAGGCAUUGCAAGAAGCCAGCUCUAGAACUAAGAGACCUUCCAUUUUGAACAAUGUCUUGGUCAAGACAAAGAAAAAGCAUCAAAGAAAUAUUGAAUAUAUGCAUGCAGUUGCAGACGAGAUUGUAAAGGACAGAAAGAAGAAUCCAAGUGAUGUUAACGAUUUGCUUAAUAGAAUGUUACUUGGAAAGGAUCCAGUCACCAAUCAAGGAUUAAGUGAUGAAAAUAUUAGAUAUCAAAUGGUCACGUUUUUGAUAGCCGGGCACGAGACGACUAGUGGUCUUUUGAGUUUCACGCUUUAUGAACUUCUCAAACAUCCAGAAGUUUUAAAGAAAGCUCAAAAAGAAGUUGACACUGUGAUUGGAAAUGAAAAUAUUCAAAUCAAACAUAUUCCACAACUUGUCUAUUUGGAUCAAAUCCUCAAAGAAACUCUUCGUCUGUGGCCAACUGCUCCUGGAUUUGGUCUUGGUUGUAAAACUGAUCAAGUCAUUGGUGGAAAGUAUAGAAUUCACCCUUCAGAUUUUAUUAUUGUGAGUAAUUCCAAUUUGCACAGAGAUAAGAAAGUUUGGGGUGAAGAUUGUGAACAAUUCAAUCCUGAUAGAAUGAGCCCAGAAAACUUUUCCUCACUUCCAAGUAACAGUUGGAAACCUUUUGGUAAUGGAUCGAGAGGUUGCAUUGGCCGUCCAUUUGCUUGGCAAGAAGCAAUUUUGGUAUUGGCUAUGGUUCUUCAAAGAUUUGAACUGAUUGAGAAUGAUCCAAAUUAUCACUUGUCCAUUACCCAAGCUUUGACCAUCAAGCCAAAUGGAUUAUUCCUCAAAGUUAAGCCAAGAUCUAAUUGGAAAGGAUCUCAAUUGGUGAGAACUAAUGCUUCUAAUACUAGUUCUGAAAAUUCUCAUACUGAUGAUCAAAAUUCCACAUCUACCGAAUCAAAGGGUCCACUUUUGGUCUUGUACGGUUCUAACAGUGGUACAUGUGAAAGCUUUGCCUCAAUGUUGCACCAAGAUGCUAAAUCCAAAGGAUUUGAUUGUAAAGUUGGUAGAUUGAACACAUUUACUGGUAACAUUCCAUUGGAUACUCCAAUUCUCAUUGUAACAGCUUCAUAUGAAGGUCAACCAACUGAAGAUGCCAAACAAUUCGUUGGAUGGCUCGAACAUGUUCCAGAAAAUACUCUCAAAGGACUCAAAUAUGCAGUUUUCGGAUGUGGACACAGUGAUUGGGUUGACACCUAUCAAAGAAUUCCAACAUUCAUUGACAACAAAUUGAGUGAAGCUGGUGGUGAGAGAAUUGCCCAGAGAGGAAUUGGUAAUGCUGCCAAAGACUUAUUCUGUGAAUUUGAUCAGUGGAGAAAGACAUUGUGGAGUUCUUUCGAUCCUCAUACCUCUCACGAACUUCCUCCAGUUGAAACAACCAUCAUUAAGGGACAUAGAGAAACAAUUCUCCAUUUCCAAAGUUUGGAACCUGGAAAGGUAAUUGAAAAUUAUGAUUUGGUUCCUGAGGACUAUUGUGAUGAUCAUGGAACUUGUAGAUCCAAGAGACAUAUUGAAAUUCAAUUGCCAGCUGGAGCUCAUUAUGAAUCAGGUGAUUAUUUAUCAGUAUUACCUGUCAACUCUAUGAAAGUUGUUAAUAAGGCACUUUCUCAUUUCAAAUUAACUCACGAUGAUCAAAUUGUCUUGAAGAGAAGUGAAACAAUUUCAUCUUCAUCCUAUCCUGUCAAUGAGCCAAUCUCUGCAGUCAACUUGUUCAUGAAUUAUUUCGAAUUGAGUCAACCAGCAACCAAGAGACAAUUAGAAAUUCUCCUCGAACACACAAAGGAAGCAUCCGAUAAGCAAGUACUCCAACAAUUAAUAGAAAAGGACUCUAACAUUCCUCCAAUUCUUGAUAUCGUUCAUGAUUUGAAAUCUUGUACAAUUCCACUCGGAAAUUUCUUGGAUAUUUCAAUUCCUAUGCGUACAAGACAAUACUCAAUCUCAUCCUCUCCAUUGUGGAAUAAGGACAAGUGUACCAUUACUGUUGGUGUAUUGAGAGCUCCAGCAACCCAUGGAAAAGGAUUCCACGAAGGGGUUGCCUCCAAUUUCUUGGCAAGUUGUCUUCCAGAUAUGCAAGUUUCGGUUCAAAUUAGAAACUCUUCCUUCAAAUUACCUAAUGACCCAUCUGUUCCAAUUAUCAUGAUUGGAGCUGGUACUGGUAUUGCUCCAUUCAGAGGUUUCGUUCAGGAAAGAGCUUGUCUCAUUAAGGAAGGUAAGACUCUUGGUAAGGCUCUCUUGUUCCAAGGAUGCAGAAAUCCAGAACAAGAUUACUUGUACAAGAAGGAACUCGAAGAAUGGAGUCAAUUGGGAGCUGUUGAAUUGAGACCAGUUUUCUCAAGAAUGGGAAGUAACGUAAAAUAUGUUCAAGAUAAGAUUAUGGAAUGCAAGGAAGAAGUUGCUAAACUCUUACUGGAAGAAGCUCAAAUCUACAUUUGUGGUGAAGGAAAUCAUAUGGCACCUGCUGUUAAGAAAGUCUUGAUGGAAAUUUAUCAACAAGUUACCAAUUGUACAAAGGAAGAAGCUGAAAAGAGAAUGAGCUCGAUGGAUAAGCGUUUUGCUGUUGAUGUUUUUGCAUAAUAAAUUUGUAAUUUAAUAUUU